AUGGCGCAAUCAUUGCCAAACACGCCUUCUAAUGUGAUUCUAACGCAACCGGGAUUUUUCUUGAAGCGAGAAAGACAUUUAGAGGAUGAUAACUGGAUCACAAAACCCCUGCAUCUACCUCCCGAUAUCCCAGUCGGACUAGAAGUUCUUCAUUCUGUUGAAGAACUAACAAUCACAAGAAACACUUCCAAAGGUACAAUAUGUGGAGGAAAACUGCAUUACACUCUGUCUGGGAAACACGGAAAGCAAGUGUACGCAGGCGUAGAAGAUCCUAAUUGUUGCUGUACAUUCUGUUGUGGACCUUCAAGGUCUUAUACAAUACAUCUCAACAAUAAAUGGGAUAAAGAAAUGCUACGAUUGGUCAGACCAUACAGGUGUGACGGUGAAUGCACUCUUUGUUGCUGCUGUCCAUUUGCCAGAAUGCGUCUUGAUAUUAUAUCUGGUUAUGAUGGACGGAAAAUUGGAAGCGUUACACAGAAAUUAAGCUGUUUCAAAAACUUGUUCGAAGCUACCUCGAAAUCUACAGGGGAAAAAUAUAAAAUAAUGGGCAAUGCAUUUCCUUGUCGGUGUUGCAUGACGUUCUCCUUCAAAAUCAAAACUAUAAACGACGAAGACGUUGGUGAGAUAUGGAAGAAGCGUUACAACGAUAAAAAUCCGAACAUUAGUUCCUCUCAUGAAACGUUUGGAGUCGUGUUUCCAUCAGAAGCAAGUGUGGAUAUGAAAUCAACGUUGAUAGGAGCUGCAUUUCUUGUGAACCAUACAUAUUUUGAGAUGAGUUGAAAUAGGAUGAAACAAACAUGCACAAAGUAAACCUGUGAUUUUGCUUCAUGGUCUCCACUGAAGAAAUCCGUCACCAAUUGUAUCACAUAUGUGCCUAAAACAAAAUUGUUUUGGAUAAUCUAAGCAUAAAAUUUGUAA